GUUCAAAAUGUCAGCUUCCACAAAGUUUGAUGAUGUGGAGUCAUUUUAGUGGAUAAUCGGUACAAGUUACCUACAAAUUGACGAAGUUAGACGGAAUUGGUCUCAGCUACGGCCAGUGAGUGGAAGACGACCAUGGAUUCCACACCCGCUUAUCUGAAGGGGCGGGGGCGAGGAAGAGGGCGGGGUGCUGGCUCUAAUCCACAGCAAAAUACUGGGAAACCAGGUUUCUCCUCUAGUGUGGGGCCAUCAUCCGGGAAAUCUGCUUUGCCAGUAAACGUAAAUGAAAACAACAGUAUCAAAAUGGCGACGGAGCGGUUUGCUGAAGUAAGUGCGAAGAUACAGCAGUCCGUACAGCGCCACCUGGACGAGAUGGAUGACAACGGCUUCAGCUCAGACGAGGAGGAAGACAUUGGUGAUAAUGUGCUCAACAAAGUCUUCCAGACAUACUCCAAUAACUUUGAGGAGAAGGAAAGUGUUGAUAUUGACAGGGCUCAGGAAUAUCUGCUGCACUCGUUCCGGUCUGGUUCAUCGGCUUGUGUUAUCUGUAUUGAGACCAUCAAGAAAGAAGAUGCGAUCUGGACGUGCAGUGGGUGUUGCUGUAUGUUUCACAUGCAGUGUAUUCAGAAGUGGGUACGUGAAGGAGUCUACAUCCAGAAAUACCAGGCUGGGGAUGACGCGUCCACCGACAACAUUCCCUGGCACUGUCCUAAGUGUCGCCAUGAGUAUGAGCCGAGUGCCUGUCCGACUAAGUACUUCUGUUUCUGUGGCAAGGUGCAGGACCCCAAGUUCGACCCGUGGCUUGUCCCACACUCAUGUGGACAGACGUGCAACACACGACUCAGACCGGACUGCGGACAUUCCUGUCUUCUCCUCUGUCAUCCAGGUCCUUGUCCUCCAUGCCCCAAGCUCGUCAAAUCGACGUGUUACUGCGGGAAGCAAGCUCCACAAAUGCGCCGGUGCAGUGCUCGUACCUGGGCCUGUGGUCAGCCUUGUGGUAAAGAGCUGUCUUGUAGACACCACAAGUGUCAACAGCCAUGUCACCCAGGUGAAUGUGCCGCAUGUCCCAAGACGAGCGAACAGAAGUGUCUGUGUGGUAGACAGAAGACGCUCCGACCGUGUGCCAGUCCUGGCUGGCAGUGUGACCAGCCAUGCGGCCGAACUCUUCAAUGUGGUAACCAUAUCUGUGAGACGUUAUGUCACACAGGAAAAUGCGGAGCCUGUCCUCGGUCUGGGAAAAGAAGUUGUCCAUGUGGUAAAACCGAAUAUAGCCUGCCUUGUACUGAAGACAUACCGACGUGUGGAGAUACGUGUGGGAAAGUGUUAGCCUGUGGUCGGCAUGCCUGCACUCAGCGCUGCCACCUCGGGUCCUGUGGACCGUGUUUGCAAGUUGCUCAAAAGUGUUGUCGUUGUGGCCAGCGCCAGAAGGAAGUUCCCUGCAGUAAGGAGUAUCUGUGUGAUAUUAAAUGUACCAACUACCGAGACUGCGGCAAACAUCAAUGCAAGAGGAAGUGCUGUGAUGGGAACUGUCCUCCGUGUGAACAGAUCUGUGGAAAGAAUCUGGGUUGCAGGAAUCACAAAUGUGCCAGUCGGUGCCAUAGAGGUACUUGUUAUCCAUGCCCUCUCACCGUCGACAUCAGCUGUUUCUGUAAAGCUACGACCAUUACUGUGCCAUGUGGGCGAGAGAAAAGCACAAAACCACCACGGUGCAAUAAAAAGUGCAAAAAUCCAAGUGCUUGCCACCAUCCGUUGCGCGUUCCUCAUCGCUGUCACUUUGACGAGUGCCCUACUUGUCGUCAGACGUGCUCGUUACAACUUCCCAAGUGUCAACACAUUUGUCCUGCAGCUUGUCAUGACGUUGUCAAGAUCAAAGUUCAAGAUAAUACACCUAGAGCAGGUCCCUGGGACGGCCGGCCCCGUACUGUGGUGGAGACUGUCAAACAGCCGUGUCCUGCCUGUAAGGUGCCGCUGCCAGUUGAGUGUAAAGGAGGUCACGAGACUUCGAUGGUUGAGUGCUCUAAGGUUGAGAAGUAUUCGUGUGGCAGAAAGUGCGGCCGAGAGCUCGUGUGUGGGAACCACUCCUGUUCUCUGGACUGUCAUGCUGUAACUAAUGCAGCCAACAACCAUGUGGCUGGCAGUAACUGUCAACACUGCGAGCGACCCUGUGUUAAGCGGAGACCGGAGGGCUGCACCCACAAGUGUCUCAAGUCAUGUCACCCGGGCGCCUGCCUGCCGUGUACAAGCCGUAUCCGCAUGCGCUGUCACUGCGGUGCGAUGGUCAAACAUGUUGUGUGCUCCGAGUGGACGAGCGCCAGCGCCGACAGGAAGAAUUCCAUCAAGUCAUGUGGAAACUGCUCCAAGAUGCUUCCCUGUGGUCACCAGUGUGGCUUUGCCUGCCACCCCGGUCAGUGUCCUGGCACGGACAAGUGUCAGAAGAAGGUGACACUGCGCUGCAAGUGUCGACGGAAGAAGACGGAGGGAAUCUGCUGUGACGUGAAGAACGGAAGUGACAGACUGGAGUGUGACGAGAUCUGCAAGAGGGCCGAGACUGAGAAGAAGAAGCUUGAAGAAAAGGCCGAAAUUGCAAAGAAAGAGGAAGAAGUGCGGAGGCAGAAAGAGGAGCUGGAAGCGUUUGAGAGGAUGACGAAAGGACGAAGGAGAAAACCUCGCAAGCACCACCAGGAUAUCGUGGAGGAGACGUUCUGGCAGAAACACAGGAAACUCGUCAGCAUCGCUGUCACUGCCAUAGCUGCAAUAGUCGUGUCUGGCUUAGUUUUCCACUUUAAAUUAUUCUAGUAAACAUGUUUUACAUGAUUAUUUCAACAAUGAAAUACCUCAAUCCAACAGUAAUGUGACAGCUCUGUUUAAUGACAGUCACAUUAGGUAAGGUUAUUUGAUGAUCUUAUUAUUUAAUCACUCCCAUAUUGGGUAACCUGAAUGUGUGGAAUCACUUGAAAACCUUGUACGAGUUGUUGUAUUUUAAAAACCAUUGAUUGUUCUUGUUCCAAUUUCUGAUAAUGGUGAGUUGUGAAUGGUAUUUUGUUGUUCAUAUUCUGUGGUUAAGUUGCUCAGAAAAUACAGUUAAGAUUUGUGUUUGUAAAUGAUUAGCUAAUUUAGAUUUGUUUGAGCUAAGACAAAAUGUAUCAAAAGAAGGGCUCAUCAAGGGAAUUAAUCCUUGAACUCGCUUAAACCCAGUGUGUUGAAUAAACAUCCUUAGACAUUCAUUGGAGGGAGGGUGGCUAUUCAUUACACACUGAGCUUUAAUCAAAAUAUGUAUUAAACAGUAUAAUUUUGACAUAUUUCGGUGUUGGGCAUGUACAGAAUAAAUUAUAGAAACUGGUUCAUUAAAAUUGUCUCCCUUUAUAAAAUCUUUUUUUUAUCCCAGUGUAACCCUAAAAAAGAGAGAAAAGAAGUGCAAUAAUAGGUUUAUUGUUUGAAAAAAAAAAAAAAUACAUACACAUUAUGUAUUAUUUAUAUCACACAGCAAUAAUACACGGUUUGUCAGUUGAAAGAUAUAUAAUUGGCUGCUCCUAGGUGAUGACCCUAGGUUAUACCAUCCAGUGAUAUAAGCACAAUCAAAAUUAAUUGCUCUUUGCCCUGUAAGAUAACCUUCAACUAAUUACUCUGUGACAUAUAAGUUAACUACAUGUGCAAGGCCGUAAAGACAUUUUUGUUGUAAAAACAAUACUUUACAAUUUAUUCCAAUUCUGUUUUUUCAGGACACACAGGAAGUUGAAUACGUAUCAUUUCCAUUAGAUACAUUUUGAAACAACUUGCUGUUAGAUUAAGGCUAUUUUAACGGUCACUCAUGUAGUAUUCGCUAUGUAGUUGUUACAAGUCAUUUAUUGUUAUCUCGCUCGUUGAUGGAUUAUAUUAAGUACUGUUGUAAUAGUUUGUGAAAAUUUGUUGCUUUAUCAUGAUACUAUUUGUUCUAUACCAUUCCAGCUUUAGCGUUGAAUCAUUUUGCAAAACAAUUCAGAAUCAAAAUCGCUACAAUAGUCAAAAUUUCAUUAAAAUAAAUAAAAGCAUAAAAAUAAUACAAUACCAUCAUUUUGAGAGAAACAAAUAGAGGUGUUACAUUUUUGUUGGAUAAUUUUUUUAGAAAUGUGCUGAAGUUACAAAAGUUAUUUACUUAUUAGUAUUAUGUAGCUUCCCUUGACAGCCAUGCUUAUUUAAUAAUUUAUGUUAAGUAUAUCUCUUUUGGUCUGUAUUUAUGAGAUGGUGAUAAAAUUUACCAUCCUAAAUUUGGCUACGUUUAGGUCGAUUCUGUCUCUUCAGAUAUAGAGAAUAACCUUGAGGUAUUUUAAACUACAUCUCCUGCAGUUUGAAAGAUGAGUCAUAAGAUGAUAUGUAUAAAAGAUGUGAUGGGCAAGAUGUGCUCUAUGACUCGCUUGAUGUCAUUUUUGUUUUUUAAGAUUCUACAUUUUAAUAAAUCAGAAAGUAGUUUUGAAUUCUAAUUGAGAAGUAAAUGUAUGUCUUGUUAUGUUUCCCAUGACACAAACGUGUAUUUCUUAUACUGUAUUGAAACUGAUGAUAUAAAAACUAUGACACUAAAAAUGUACAUGUAGGUUGAAAUAAUGGAGGCGAGUCACGUUUAUGUGAUGGGACAUGCGGUUUUCAGUCAUUGACUGAACAAAUUUAGAAAAUGUAUCUAGUCAUCUUAUUACAAUGAUCACAGGAUAAAUUAUACUGCUGUCUAAUAAAGGACUAUAACUUGAAGCUUUUACAUUCAUAAGACUGCCGAGAUGUAUUAGUGUUUCCACAAGUUCAGUGACGAUGAUCCCAGUGUGGCCAAUAUAUAUAUAUACACCUGGAAAUAAAUGAAUCGCCACCUAGUUUGUUCUGUGUGUACAGAGGAUAUUGGAAACACUGACAACAAGUGACGCUCAUUGCAUCAUUACUGUCAUCACAAAAUAAGACAGAAACCAUAAAUGUGCAUCAAAUUUAUGAUAACUAUCGAGCUGGAAUCACCCUGAUGUGCCGGAAUCUCACUCAUAAGUAAUUUAUUCACGCCAUCUCGGUAAAUACCCAGUAGAUACAGAAUAUGUAAAAACUUUGAAUAUCAGAUUUACACUGCGUCAGUGCAGACAAUUACAUGUACCUUUUUCUGCCUUUUUUGCUGCAAUACAAUUCAGGUGGUGAAUGAUUAAAAACAUAUUUUAUUGCAUGUAAUGUAUAUAUACAAAAGGAUUGGACACAAGUUUGCUGCAAUACAAUUCAGGUGGUGAAUGAUUAAACACAUAUUUUAUUGCAUGUAAUGUAUAUAUACAAAAGGAUUGGACACAAGUUUGCUGCAAUACAAUUCAGGUGGUGAAUGAUUAAAAACAUAUUUUAUUGCAUGUAAUGUAUAUAUACAAAAGGAUUGGACACAACUUAUCCAAGAUGGUGUUUAAUUAUUUUCCAGGUGUAUGAUUCAUGUCGGCCAAGCAGUUGAUGUUUAUAAUAGAAGUUAUUUGUCAGUUUUUAAUAGAAGUUAUUUGUCAGUUUAUAAUAGAAGUUAUUUGUCAGUUUAUAAUGGGGGUCUAAUUGGUUAAAGAAAUAUAUAUUUUUAAUUGGUAUCGUAAUUAUAUUGGCUUCAUCUUUCAUAUACAUGUUGUAUUAUCUUAAUAGUUUAUUCUGGAAUUGUACUUAAGAAAAAUGUUUUGUUGAAGUUGUCAGUAUUAAACUUAAAGACAACUUGUUUGGAUGCAAGAUUUUUUGGGAUGUUCGGUUGUUUAGUAGAUUUAUUCAACUACAUCCUGUUGGGUUAAAUUUGGCUCAUUUGAGUUAAAAUCUUUUAAUAUCUGUUUCAUAUAGUUAUUGGGGUAUUCUUGAAUAUUUGAAAAAUAAAUGCUUUAAAUCUA